UCGCGAACGCUGUCUCUUUAAUGCAAGAGGAAGCGAUGCGGAGGGGUGGAAAAUGGCAGAGCUGCAGAUGUUACUAGAAGAGGAAAUCCCUUCUGGCAAGCGGGCUUUGCUCGAGAGCUACCAGAACCUCACCAGGGUCGCCGACUACUGCGAGAACAACUACAUCCAGGCUCCGGACAAAAGGAAAGCAUUAGAAGAGACCAAAGCAUACACCACUCAAUCUUUAGCAAGUGUUGCUUAUCAGAUCAAUGCACUCGCUAACAAUGUGCUCCAGCUACUGGACAUCCAAGCGUCACAGCUCCGGAGAAUGGAGUCCUCAAUCAAUCAUAUUUCCCAGACGGUGGACAUACACAAAGAGAAAGUGGCCCGUAGAGAGAUCGGCAUUUUGACAACCAAUAAGAACACAUCCAGAACUCAUAAAAUCAUUGCGCCAGCAAACAUGGAGCGUCCUGUAAGGUAUAUUCGAAAACCUAUAGACUACACAGUGUUGGAUGACGUGGGCCAUGGUGUAAAGUGGCUAAAAGCCAAGCAUGGAAACAAUCAGCCUGCGAGAACUGGCACUUUGUCAAGAACAAAUCCGCCUACACAGAAACCACCGAGUCCUCCCAUGUCAGGCCGGGGAACUCUGGGGCGGAACACUCCUUACAAGACGCUGGAGCCAGUUAAGCCGCCGACAGUCCCUAACGAUUAUAUGACAAGUCCUGCAAGACUUGGAAGCCAGCACAGUCCAGGAAGAACAGCAUCCUUGAACCAGAGGCCCAGAACACACAGUGGCAGUAGCGGAGGAAGCGGCAGUCGAGAAAACAGUGGAAGCAGCAGUAUUGGCAUUCCCAUUGCCGUGCCUACGCCUUCGCCACCAACCAUUGGGCAAGCACAAAUAUUUGUUCCUCCUCCUCCUGAAGCACCACCAGCACCACCAAUGCCCUUGCCUCUCACGACUGGCAGUAUGAUAGCUGCUCCCGGGUCAGCCCCUGGUUCCCAGUAUGGCACAAUGACCAGGCAGAUUUCCCGACACAACUCUACCACUUCUUCGGCCUCUUCUGGUGGAUUUAGGCGGAACCCUUCCGUGACUGCUCCAUUUUCUGCUCAACCUCAUGUUAACGGCGGGCCUCUCUAUUCUCAAAAUUCAAUUUCUAUUGCUCCGCCCCCUCCCCCUAUGCCUCAGUUGACUCCACAGAUACCUCUCACAGGCUUCGUGGCCAGGGUGCAGGAAAACAUUGCUGAUAGUCCAACUCCGCCCCCGCCACCACCACCGGAUGAGAUGCCGAUGUUUGAUGAUUCACCGCCACCGCCCCCUCCACCCCCGGUGGAUUAUGAAGAUGAGGAGGCUGCUGUAGUGCAGUAUAACGAUCCGUACGCAGAUGGCGAUCCCGCUUGGGCACCUAAAAGCUAUAUUGAGAAAGUUGUUGCCAUAUAUGAUUACACAAAGGACAAGGAUGAUGAGUUGUCAUUCAUGGAGGGUGCAAUCAUUUAUGUUAUAAAGAAGAAUGACGACGGCUGGUAUGAAGGAGUUUGCAACCGAGUGACUGGCCUGUUUCCUGGAAACUAUGUUGAAUCAAUCAUGCACUAUGCGGAUUAAAGUUCUCUCUUCAGGUUGGGUCUUGUAUUCAAUCAUGCCAUAAUUCUUUACAAAGG